GAAUCAUUCGCUUAACCAUGGUUGCACUUCGCGUUUCUCUAACGUCGCGAAAUUAUAUAUUUAUUCGGCGAGUCUGAAGCUUUGGCGACGCGCAGGAUCCAGGCCUAGGGUUCCGGCAGUUCGACGCCCAGGGCUUCGUGGAUGAAAAAGGUGCGACCUUCGGUUGCCCGACAGGUUUAAUCUUCUUGGCCCCUCGUCGCUGAGAUGCCGACUUUCACCACGGUCGCCUUGGAAAGGCUUUUGGAGCCUAGGUCUCGGGAUCCUGCUACGAAGCCGUCUCCAGUGCCGGUGGAAAGAGCAGAACGAGGCACCACGGUAAGAAAGGGCGUUCCCCGGCCGAAUAUUUCACCCGCCCUCUAUGCCACCCCGGUCACUACUCCGCUUCCCGAUUCUCCUUCGUCAUUUACUUUGGAAUCUCCAUAUCUUAUCAACCAUAAGAGAAGAGGGCCUCGCCUCGUUAAUGGUCUCCCGAAGAACAAGAACAAUGCCGUUACUGGACAACCUAAGCAAUCAGAGGUGGAACUGAAGGUCGAUGUGUUGAAAACAAAUGACCAUGGUAUCGAGAAGCACGAUGCUGAUGAUGCCUACGCAAGCAAUGGCGGACCAUUAACAGAUGAAGCCUGUGAUGGGAAGGUGCAAACUCAGAAUCUGAAUAUUGUAAAAAUUGGAGCUGAGGAUGUCAAGAAGCCUGUUUUGGUUACUAUUAAAAGAGAGGAGGUAAAUGAGGACUCUCUUGACAUGCAUAGCAUCGUGAGCAAUUCCAAGGUUGGAGAUAACUGUACUUCGUUUGGAUCAAAUACUUCUGCAAUGGAAUUUUAUGAUGCUUCGGAAGAGUUCUCCACUGGUUGUACACCACAACCUUCCUAUAACAACUUGGACGAUGACUUGCCUGAGUUGAAACUUAAUCUCUUGAUGGAGACAAAGAAGCGGACACAGGCUGAAGAAUCACUGGAUCAAUUGCAGAAUCUCUGGCAGAGGCUUUCCGAUCAGCUGUCACUACUCGGAUUAAGUCUGCCUAUUUCACCAAAUAUCUCUGAGGAUGUAAAUAAACAGUCCAACUUGGAUCCUGUAGAGGAAUUGACCCAGCAGAUUGUUGUUACACGCUUUGUAGCUGAUGCUAUUAGCCAAGGUUUUGCUCACGCUGAGGUUGAGCUUGAGAUGGAACCUCAAAUUGCAGCUAAGAAUUUUGAAAUUACCAGGUUAAAGGAUCGAUUACAGUAUUGUGAAGCUGCUAAUAGGGAAAUGUCUCAGAGGAAUCAAGAAGCAGUUGAAAUGGCUAGACGACAACGCAACAAGCGCAAGAGGAGACAAAGAUGGGUCUGGGGCUCGUUCUGCUUCGCCAUCUCUCUCAGUGCUGCUGCUAUCGCUUGGUCCUAUCUUCCUUCAUCGAAGCUGAUUCCCGAUGAAGGCGAUGCAUCAACCACUAGUGAGCAAGAAUGAUGAUGAAUCAUCAUAAUAAUCAGCUCAGCCCAUCUUGCAUAGUCAAAGCUGCAAGAGAUCUGACAGGUAUUCUCCAUGCUGGUUCUCAGUUUUGAGAUCUCCAUCUUCUUCUUUUUUCAGUUCCUCUUAUCAUUGUUUGAGUGGGUAAUUUCCAUUCAAGACUUGUUUAAUAAUAAGAACACAAACAAAUGUGAAUAGGUUUCUUUUUUC